AUGGCGCCUCGCGCGCGCGCUUCCCCCGGCGACCUCCCCCAAACAGCGGUCUCCGCGCGGUCCCUCGACUCCAUGGAGGCGCUCGCGCUCGCGGACGACGACGCGUUCCGUCGCGUCGUCUUUCGCGCGCUCGCGGCGCUUCGCAAGAUCUUCUCGAACCAGCAGAAGAACUGGGCGACGCUGCGCCUGCGCGCGAACGUCGGUCCCACGACGAGGGCGUCCGAGGCGGUCGCCGCGACGGUCCUCGCGGGCGCGUCGGCGUCGGCGUCGCCGUCGAUCCCGGACCGCGGCGCGGACGAGCGCGCGAUCCUCCCGUGGAAUAACAAAUCGCGCGCGCACGUGAGCGUCUCCGUCCGGCGAUUCCGCGCCGGGCCGCUGGAGGGCGCGAUGGAGGAGCGACAGACCGUGGAGGCGACCGCGCUGCCGCUCGCGAAGAACGUGCCGCGGUACACGUCGUACAUCUACGCCGCGAGCGGGAACGCGUACGUCCAGGACGAGGUGCAACGGCGGCUGCUGUUCCCGGACCACGAGGGCGAGAUGCGCGUGGCGUCCGACGAGGACUCCGAUUCCGAGGGGUCGUCGUCGUCCGAGAUGGAGGAGUCCGAGAGCGACGGGGGGGGGCGCGCGAGCGCGAACGCGGGACCGGAGAAGAAGCGGCGGAUGAACGACGUGGCGAAGAAGCGCGCGGACGAGAAGGCGCGACGCCGCGAGCUGCGCGAGAAGAACCGCGAGACGAGGGAGAAGAAGGAGAGGGAGGACCAGGAGAGGCACUGGGAAGAGAAGGAGGACUACCUCGUCUGGGCGUCGAGCGCGUGCGUCGGGACGUCCGCGAGAGCGAUCGAGGUCACCGCGGAGUACUUGAAAGUGUCCCCGCAGAUGCUCAAGGCGCGGCUGCACGUCUUGAGGAAGCAGGCGGACGUCGGCGGCGGGACCGGGACCGGGACGGGCGGCGGCGGCGGCGGCGGCGGCGGCGGCGACAAGACCGGAAACGGCGGGGGGACCCCGAACGGCCUGGUCCCGUGCGAGGCGGCUCGAGACGCGUUCCUCGCCAACGCGCACGCGCGCGCGGUGCGCGACUUCGAGCUCGGCGCGCGCGCGAGCGCGGAGUUCAAGCUCGCGGCGAGGAGGCUGCGCGUCGGCGGCGGCGGGACGGAGGACGACGACGUCAUCGAGGUGAAGGAAGAGACGGACGAAGCCAGCGUGAUCGAAAGCCUCGACGCCGCGACGACGCAGGGGAGGGCGUCGGACAGCGACGACGACGACGACGAGUCGCCGUCGUCGUCGAGCCCCGCGGCGCGGCGGACGACGCGCGGCGGCGGCGGCGGCGGCGGCGGUCAGAAUCAGUCCCCGGGGUUGAAGCGCAAGCGAAGCGAACGCGGCGCCGUCGUCGACCCGAGCGGGCGGCCGCCGCGGCCGAUCGCCACCGCCUCGCCGCACGGCUCGAGCGCGGUGAUCGACGCGGAGACGAGCGCGCUGUGGGCGCUCGUCGCGUGGCGGUUCCUUCGGCACCACGCGGUGAGCGCCGCGGACCUCAUGAUGACCGCGCCGCCGUACGCCGCGGUGGAGCCCGCGAUGGAUUCGUUCAGAGCGCUGUACUGCGUGCGGUGCCACGAGUACAACUGCAACCUGCACGGGUGCGGUCAGAGGCUGCCGCGGUCGCGGGACGCCGCCGCUGCCGCCCAAGGGACGGGGACGGGGACGGGGACGUCGGCGAGAGCGCGCGCGAAGGACAAGGACAUGAGCCAACAAGACGCGCUCGACGACGCGUGCCCGGAAGGAGUUGACCCGCCGCCGGAGGCGAAUCCGUGCGGGCCGGACUGCUGGCGAAUGCGAGGGCUGCGAGACGGCGGCGCGUUUCUCGUGUUUCAUGCGAAGAGCGUCCGCCUCGUCGCGGAGCUGGCGAUGAACAAGCGUCUCAACGUCGCGGAGGAGGCGAAGCAGAUGUGUUUGGAGGCGGAGGAGGACGCGGCGGCGGCGCGGGAGGCGCUCGAGCGAUCCGAAGCCGCGGCGAAGUUUAUGGACGACGCGCCCGUGCGAAAGAGCGCGCGAGGGAAGCCGGCCGCGGGGGACGGCCGGGGGACGGGCGCCAAAGGUUCGAGCGCCAAGAAGAAGACCGGGACCGGGACCGGGAGCGUCGGCAAGGGCGGGAAACAUCGGACGAAGGAUCUGAACAAGCUGACGAUGGGCACGCACGCCGAGGACGUCUCCGAGGAGGAGGAGGAGGAGGAGGAAGAGGAGGAGGAGGCGACGACGAUGACGACGACGACGACGACGACGACGACGACGACGAAGCGCGGCGCGCGCUCGCGGCCGGAAGCGCAAAAAAACGCCCCCGUGGCGGUCGCCGAGAGAAAAGCCGCCGCCGCCGCCGUGGAGAAAGCCGCCGCCGCGAAGCAGUACGCCGCCGCGAAAGCGGACGAGGCGGUCCCUUCCGACGCGAGACGCGUCUCGUCGACGUGGACGGACUUUCACGAGAGUUUCUACAUCAAGAUGCGGAGGGUAUACGGCGAAGACGCGGACCCGUGCGCGAUCGCGCGAGCGAUGCGGGCCCCGGACGCGCCAAAAUGUCACGAGAUUCAAGCGCGCGUGCGAGCGGACGUCGUCGCGGACGCGGAACACGCCGUGGUGGAGGCGCGAAGGCGAGAACGCGACGGCUCUGCGACGGCGGGGGAGGGCGUCGACAACGCGGACGACGAGAGAGGCGGGAGGGGCGGCCGCGGCGGGAGGGGCGGCCGCGGCAGGAAGGGCGGCCGCCGCGCGAUGAAAAAACGCGGGACGUCGCAGCGCAAGCGUACGACCGCGACCGUGCGUCGACGCAUUGCGAACAGCGAGGAUCACGUCUGGAUUCAGUACUCUCCGUGCACGUGCGACGGCCCGUGCGACGAGCGCACCUGUCUCUGCAUUCGCGACGGGAACUUUUGCGAGCGCUACUGCGCGUGCGGCGGGUCGUGCUCGAACGCGUUCACCGGCUGCGCGUGCCUCCGCGGGCAGUGCCACACGCGCGCUUGCCCGUGCUUCGCCGCCGCGCGCGAGUGCGACCCGGACCUGUGCAAGCGCUGCGUCGCGACCACGGCGACGAUCGCGCACGACGCCAGAGAGGGGUGGCCGUUCACGGACCUGUGUCUGCCGGUGCCGCCGCCGCCGGAGGUGCCGACGGAGGGACCGAACGCGCGCGGGGACCCGACGGAGAGCUGCGUGAACAUGAAGCUGCUGCUGCGGCAGCGGAAGCAGAUCUGCUUGGGGGUCAGCGCGAUCGCGGGCUGGGGCGCGUUCCUGAAGGACGGUGCGAAGAAGAACGAGCUCCUCGGCGAGUACACCGGCGAGCUCAUCACGCAAGUCGAGGCGGACCGCCGAGGGAAAAUUUACGACCGCGUGAACUGCUCGUUCCUCUUCAACCUGAACGACCAGUGGUGCUUGGACGCGCACUUGAAAGGGAACAAGCUCAAGUUUGCGAACCACAGCGCGACGCCGAACUGCUACGCGAAGGUGCUCAUGGUGAGAGGCGACCACCGCGUCGGCAUAUUCGCGAAGGAUAACAUCGCGCCGGGGGAAGAGUUGACGUACGAUUACCGGUACGAACGCGAUAAAGCCCCGGCGUGGGCGCAGUCGGACGAGCCCGCGGGGCCGUUGGUGUAUUGACGUCGACGACGCGC